AUGGAGUCGAUAUCGCGGAUAUCCAGCUUGCUGGAGAACGCCCGAGAACUCACCCUCGAUGCAGCCCAGGCAGCUCGCAGUACGCGCACCACGACCAAGUCGCUCCCGACCGCCCAGCUCAAGAAGCUACUCGACAGCCGCAAUGAGCGCGAGGUGCUCGACGGCCUGCGCCGCGUCAUCGCCAUGAUGUACCGCCAGCAGCGCACACUGCCCUUCUUCUCGUCCGUCGUCAAGAACGUGGCCUCGCCCAACCUCGAGAUCAAGAAACUGGUCUACAUCUACCUCAUCCACCAUGCCGAGCAGGAGCCCGAUCUGGCCCUGCUGUCCAUCAACACCAUCCAGAAGUCGCUGUCCGACGCCAACCCCCAGGUCCGCGCCCUCGCCCUGCGUACCAUGUCCGGCAUCCGCGUCCCCGUCAUCAGCCAGAUCGUCUCGCUGGCCAUCAAGAAGGGCGCCGGCGACAUGUCUCCCCACGUGCGAAAAGCCGCCGCCCUCGCCAUCCCCAAGUGCUACGGCCUUGAGCCGAGUACCCUUCCCCAGCUGCUGGAAUACUUGUCGACCCUGCUCGGUGACAAGCAGUACUUUGUCGCCGGUGCCGCGGUUGCUGCCUUCUUGGAGAUAUGCCCAGACCGUCUCGAUCUGAUACACAAGCACUAUAGAGCGCUGGUCAAGAAGAUUGUCGACAUGGACGAAUGGAGCCAGCUUGCGAUGCUGAGGCUAAUGACAGUCUAUGCCCGCAAGUGCUUUCCCCGGCGGACUCGGACUGUCAAGCCUGAAGACAAGUCGGCUAACCUGCAGGAUUUCUAUGGCGAGAAAGUCUCGGAAGGUCCUGACGAAGGAGAUAAGCUGGUUGUUCUGGAUCAAGAUCUAGUUUUACUUCUUAACGCCAUCAAGCCACUGCUGCAAAGCCGCAAUUCAGGGGUCGUAAUAGCAGUGGCCCGUUGCUACGCUUCCAUUGGCACACCGGACUAUGUCAAGCUUGCCGUUGGUCCUUUGGUCGCCUUGCUCCGAUCCGCCCAGGACAUCCAACAAAUCGCACUCUACAACAUCGUGUCUGUGUGCCUUGUUCAACCAGACCACUUCGUCAAGUAUGCAUCACACUUUCUGGUUCGCGCGACCGAUACUGCACCAGUAUGGGAGCUCAAGCUAGAAGUGCUUGCUCUCAUCUUCCCCCACAGUCCAAUCCACACGAAAAGCCUGAUCUUGAGCGAGCUUGAACACUUCUCACGGGGCACAAAUAAGGCAUUGGUGCGGGAGGCUGUUCGGGCUAUUGGGAGAUGCGCGCAGACAGACCCCUCCACGGCAUCGCGGUGCAUGCGCUUGCUCCUUGGACAGAUCACAAGUCUAGACGGGACACUCGCAGCAGAGUCUCUGACUGUGAUACGCCACCUUAUCCAACAAGACCCACAGGCACAUGUCGGCACUGUCGUACGCUUAGCCAAGAACUUGGACUCGGCCACAGAUCCGCAUGCUCGCGCGACCAUCAUAUGGCUAGUGGGCGAGUUUGCUGGCAUCAACGGCGAAGACAACAUCGCUGCAGAUGUCAUGCGUAUUCUUCUCAAGGAAUUUGCUGAGGAAUCGGAGGUCGCCAAGCGACAAAUCGUGUUGCUUGCUGCCAAGGUCUACUUGCAUCACAUCAACCGAGAGGCUGAAGCCAAUAAAACCGAAAAUGGUGAACAGCCACCUCUGCCCUCGGAAGACCACCCGAUAGCACGUCUAUGGAACUAUGUUCUUUUAUUAGUCCGCUACGAUACAUCGUACGAUCUCCGUGAUCGCGCCCGUCUCUAUAAAGCGCUCCUUGGCGUGCCGCAGCUGGCGACGCUGAUGCUCCUCGCCCCCAAGCCGGCACCACAGGCGCCUAGUCCGUCCGAAACACGGAAGGGAUUCAUGCUUGGUUCGUCGGCUCUCGUGCUUGCCGGCGGUAGCGGAGUGCACGGCCUGCGCGGUUACGAACCUUUGCCCGACUGGGUUCCGGAGGGCAUGGAGCCCGACCCAGCACUACGGUUGGAAGAGGGUGUUAGGAACGAGUACGGCGCGGAGAAGCGCAUCCUCCCCGCCUCACAGCAACUUGACGAGGUCUCCAAAGCGAUGCCCAACAGGAGUAAUGGGGAGGUUGAUGAGACCAAAUACUCCUGUUAUGCUGGUGUCAACGGGAAGCCUUGCGUGUGCUUUCGCCCCAAUCAAUCUCAUUUGGCCAUCAAUGAGACCACCAAGCGGCAAAAGCGUGAGGAAAGAGAGCCUCAGGCUCGAACAAUCUAUCAGGCAGCAGUCAGGGAGGCGGCACAGCAGGACGGGCAGCGAAUCAGUCCGUGCUGA